GUGGCAGAGCAGGCUGCCGCAGCCGGGGGUGACCCGGGUACCUAGCCUCCAUCUCAGAGGUCGCGGGUGCAGGGAGGAUGCUGCAGCUGCAGCCCUACCCGCGGAGCCCGGCAGCCGAGCUCCCGGGCCCCCGCCGUAGUGGAGGGGCGCAGAGCGUGCCGCGGGCCGGGCGGAGCUAAAGGCGGGCGUCUGCACCGCGUUGCGCCACCCGCAGCUCCCCGCCUUCGGCCCGGCCCGCAAGCCUGUCGCGGCGGGUGCCCUGACCGUGGGCGCAGCUGCAGGGGCGGCGAGGCGCCGCGCGUGGGUGAGGCCUGAGGAAUCCCAGCCGCGGCUGCUCGCACCAGCUCCGAACUCGGAGCACCGCGGGCGCGCGCUCGGGGCGCUCCUUCCUUCGGCCUUUGCUCCUCCUCGGCUCAGGGUCCUCCCCUGACCCCUCCUUCUACCCUCCCCAGAGGAUGCGCUCCCCCGCGCCCAGCAGCAGAAGCCACCGCUCCCAGCAAUGCGUGCGCCCGAGCCCCUUCUCCCGGACCCGAGGAGCCCGCGCCCCCGCCCUGUAGGGCUAUGACUCAUUGAUUAAAAAGAAGGACUUUUCCAAAUAUUCUGCACUUUAGUUGUGUAUUAUGGAUACCAAGGAAGAGAAGAAGGAACGGAAACAAAGUUACUUUGCUCGAUUGAAAAAGAAAAAGCAAGCCAAACAAAACGCAGAAACAGCCUCAGCUGUAGCCACAAGGACUCAUCCUGGGAAAGAAGAUACUAAUGCACUCAUUUUGGAACCAGACAAAUGCAACAUUGCUGUAGAAGAGGAAUAUGUUACUGAUGAGAAGAAAAAAAGAAAAAAUAAUCAGUUAAAGGAAAUCAGACGUACAGAACUGAAGAGAUAUUAUAGUAUUGAUGACAAUCAAAAUAAAACACAUGAUAAAAAAGAGAAGAAGAUGGUGGUUCAGAAGCCCCAUGGCACCAUGGAAUACACUGCUGGAAGCCAGGACACCCUAAACUCCAUAGCACUGAAGUUUAACAUCACUCCCAAUAAAUUAGUGGAACUGAAUAAGCUUUUCACACAUACUAUUGUUCCAGGCCAGGUCCUUUUUGUGCCAGAUGCCAACUUCCCUUCCAGUACUUUAAGGCUAUCAUCUUCUAGUCCUGGUGCUACUGUCUCUCCUUCAUCAUCAGAUGCAGAAUAUGAUAAACUGCCUGAUGCUGACUUAGCAAGAAAGGCCUUAAAACCCAUUGAAAGAGUCUUAUCAUCUACUUCUGAAGAAGAUGAGCCAGGCGUGGUGAAAUUUCUAAAAAUGAACUGUCGAUACUUCACUGAUGGAAAGGGUGUGGUUGGAGGUGUCAUGAUUGUCACUCCUAACAACAUCAUGUUUGACCCUCAUAAGUCUGAUCCCCUGGUUAUUGAAAAUGGGUGUGAGGAAUAUGGCCUCAUCUGUCCCAUGGAAGAGGUUGUUUCCAUUGCCCUGUACAAUGACAUUUCCCACAUGAAGAUCAAAGAUGCCUUGCCAUCUGACCUACCUCAGGAUCUUUGUCCUCUGUACAGGCCUGGAGAAUGGGAAGACCUGGCUUCAGAAAAGGAUAUCAACCCCUUCAGUAAAUUCAAGUCCAUCAAUAAGGAAAAAAGGCAGCAAAAUGGAGAAAGAACCAUGACUUCAGAUUUCAAAUCAACAGGACCUUUGGAAAAGUCAACAGAACUCACACAUACAAAGUCCUCAGGUAGCUCAGUUUCAAGAAAGUCAAAGAAACUAGACCCCACUAAGGAGACAUCCCUUAGUCUAUCUCCCACACUUACUAAGCUCAGCAAGGAACCUUCUGACAUACACACUGCAUUUGAAUCUACAGCCAAAGAAAACUCCCUUUUAGGGGAAGAUGAUGACUUUGUUGACUUGGAAGAACUUUCUUCUCAAACUGAGAGUGGAAUGGACAAAAGAGACACCUCGAAAGAAUGUCUUUCAGUGGACCCAGAGAAGCGAAAGAAGGCUAAGUCACAAAUAAUCACUUCUGCCAUGGAAAUGCAGGUGCAGUCAGCCCUGAACUUUUCGAAAGUAGAGAGUGAUGCUGAGCUUAAGGGAGCCCUAGAUUUAGAAGCCUGUGAGAAACAAGAUGUAAUGCCAGAAGUGGACAAGCAGUCUGGUUCCCCAGAAAGCCAGGUAGAACAUACGCUAAACAUCCACGAAGAUCUAGAUAAAGUUAAACUCAUUGAAUACUACCUAAAUAAGAAUAAAGAAGGGUCACAGUUAUCUGAAAAUAUGCAGAAGAAGGAAUUAAGUGGCAGCAAAAGUAUUGAACCGGUGGGAAUAGACAUCACCCUUAGUAGUUCUCUUCCCCAGGUAGGAGACCUCUUAACUGAGGGCAAUAAAGAACCAGAUAAAACAUGGGUAAAGGAGAGAGAGUCCCUCCCACUGAAAUUAGACACUAAUACAGAAGAAAAUAUGGUAAAAGAGUCUUUGGAAUCUACUCUGGACAACAGCUGCCAAGGUGCACAAAUGGAUAAUAAAUCUGAAAUUCAGUUAUGGCUCUUAAAGAGAAUUCAGGUACCUAUUGAAGAUAUUCUUCCUUCAAAAGAAGAAAAGAGCAAGACCCCACCCAUGUUUCUGUGCAUCAAAGUGGGAAAACCAAUGAGAAAAUCCUUUGCCACUCACACUGCCGCCAUGGUCCAGCAGUAUGGCAAACGAAGAAAGCAGCCAGAGUACUGGUUUGCUGUGCCUCGGGAGAGGGUGGAUCAUUUGUACACAUUCUUUGUUCAGUGGUCUCCUGAUGUCUAUGGGAAAGAUGCCAAAGAGCAAGGCUUUGUGGUGGUGGAAAAGGAAGAACUGAAUAUGAUUGACAACUUCUUCAGUGAGCCAACAACCAAGAGCUGGGAGAUCAUCACUGUUGAGGAGGCCAAGCGAAGGAAGAGCACAUGCAGCUACUACGAAGAGGAGGAGGAGGAGGGGCUGCCCAUCCUGCAGCCCCAGAGCGCGCUGCUGGAAAACAUGCACAUAGAGCAGCUGGCCCGGCGCCUUCCAGCAAGGGUACAAGGGUAUCCAUGGAGGCUGGCCUACAGCACCAUAGAGCAUGGAACCAGCUUGAAAACUCUCUAUCGGAAAUCAGCAUCACUAGACAGUCCAGUCUUAUUGGUCAUCAAAGAUAUGGAUAAUCAGAUUUUUGGAGCAUAUGCAACUCAUCCCUUCAAGUUUAGUGACCACUAUUAUGGCACAGGCGAAACUUUUCUCUACACAUUUAGCCCUAAUUUCAAGGUCUUUAAAUGGAGUGGAGAAAACUCAUAUUUUAUCAAUGGAGACAUAAGUUCUUUAGAACUUGGUGGUGGAGGGGGAAGAUUUGGUUUAUGGCUAGAUGCUGAUUUAUACCAUGGACGAAGCAAUUCAUGCAGCACCUUCAAUAAUGACAUUCUUUCCAAAAAGGAAGACUUCAUUGUGCAGGACCUAGAGGUAUGGACAUUUGAGUGAAAUUUGGACUGCCUUAAAAUAUGACAUUAAAAAGACUGGGUUGGAUCAGCCCUCCUAAAGCUGGCUGGAAAACAAAGCCCAGCCCAGGCUGCCUCCCCCCACAAUGCUUUCUUUCUGCCAUCAUCUCAAAGCAUGGUCACGUUGCAAAAAGAUCCCAAAGGUACAUGUGGAGGGCAGACACUGAAGAAAGAAAUUUGAAGUCCAGAUUGUUGAAAGACUUUGUUCUUCCACUUCUUUCAAAUCCAUACAGUGAGGAAUUGGAGUGUUUAUAGAUAUAUGAGUUGAAUGCAAUUUUUAUUUUUGGUAACUGUGAAAAAGAUACUGUGGAAAUAUAUACAUGCCUUGUGUAUUUAUCAGCAUAAAUUUUCAUUACAAAAUGUACAGCUAUUGUUUGCCAUGGAAAAGGUUAGUCUUGUUUAGAAAAAUUGAAAGGACACAGCACUUAAAGGGAAUAUAUGAUUUUUUAAACCAGUUUUAUUUAUUAUUUCUAGCGUAUUGUCUAAAAUAUGUUGGCAGGUUUUUUUUUCUUUUAAUAUGUCAAAUCUUGAAAUAAAGAAAUAUAUACUUUUGUGCUAUGUUUUGGGAACAAGUUUGUUUGAUUUAUAUAGUUUUAUAUUGAUUUUUUUUUUUUUUUGCCCUGAUUGUUUAGGGUGAUAGGUCUUAAGCAGUAUAUAUAUAUUUCUGAAUUUUUAAAAGUUCAUUACCAGUGUUCAUUGAUUUGAUUAUUUAUAGGCCAGCUUUUUAUUUGAUGAUUAUAAAGGUACAUUUUUAAUUACUUACCCAAACCUAUUUGUGUAAAGCAGAAUAUACCAUCUCUUGACAUUUAUAGAAAUGGAGACCUUUAUGAACCCAGACUUAAAACAAACACUGCUUCUGGGAAAAAAAAAAUAGGUUUCUUGUAAUAUCACAUGUUAAUAACAAAAACUUUAUUUUCAUAGUGUUCUUUUGCACAAUUUCUUCCCAAACGUUUACAUUAAUGAUUAGACCUCUGUUUUAAAAGGAAGUGUUUUAAUUUCUGCUUUUGAAAAAUCAAAUGAAAAAUGUCAGAUUGGACCAAUUAUCUUGGUUUCUAGACUCUUAUUUGAGAAAAAAAUAUAUUCAUACCAAAACUGGAAUAAAAAGGAAAACCUAUUUUUAAUGUGAACUCAUUUUCACAUCAUAAAACAUCUUUUAUUAAAAAUAAUAAAGCCUUAUAAAAACUUAGCCAAUAUUAUUAAUUGCCAGACUUUAAUGAAAACCAAAGAUUACUAAUUGAAAAAAAUUAAAUAAUAGCCAAAGCUGAGAAGAGGUCUGUCACAAAUUAUUUUCCCAAUGAUCUUUGAAAGGAAAAAUUUAUAACAAGCAGUAUUUAUAGAUCUGCAUUUAAAAAUAAAGCAGUUCUUAGAAUAUU